AUGCAGAAACGAGCGCCCUCCUUGCCAGCCUUGAGCAGCGGCUUUGCAGAACUCGACCUCAAUGAAUCGCCACCGCAAUACAGUGAAACAUCCGCACACUCCACCGAUCAAACACCUCCGGCGCUCCCGCAACGGUCUAUGCCUGACCUAAGGACGAACUUCUCCUUGCCCUAUGCCGCUCCGAACGGUCCUCCUCCUACGCAGUCACCUUACCUAAACACUACUCAAUUGCCUCCCACCAUCGAAAGCGAGGAUGCAAUCAUGCGGGAGGGAUUGCUUCAACCUCCGCCAACCUUUAUGUCAUCUCCCCGUAUCUUGGAGCCCAACGAAGGUAGCAGACCGUCAAGUCGGUCAGGCAGACCGGAGAGCAGAGGCUCGGGUAGCUCAGGGCCCAGCCGCCCUUCCAGCAGACCCCAAAGCAGAGCUCGAUCGCCCUCGCUCAUUCACAACCUCGCCACUAACGCGGAGGCGAAAUUGAAAAAAAGGCGAAGCUGGCUGCCCAAGUCCUCGCACGAUCCACACUCCGGCCUUGACCCGAAUCUUGCCCAAGCAUGGAUUGUGACUCCUACGGAAAAGAUCCCUUAUGACAUGUCGUCCCUGGUGAACCUAAAGCGGGUCGAAGAGCUGUGGGACGAUGGUGGAAACACAUUGGUCUACCUUCACAACGGAUCCGCUGGCCCAAGUGCAUCAUUCCGCUUGGAUUCCUCCUGUUUUGCGUCGUCCAAGGCCUUAGUCAAAGCUGCAUACGGUGACACCCACCCUCUAGGCUCACAGAGAAAGGGUCCUCCUGCGGAGCAUCCACGAGUACCCUCUGAAGGGCAGCAGCGGUCUUUUUCAGACAGGACCCAAAACCUAAUGCCAACACCUCCAAAGUCUCCUCCACAAUCCCGUUAUGGCUCUAGUAAAAGUAGCUCUACCGUUGAUCGUCGUCCAUCACGCGAGUAUUUUGAUGACCGCAGCGCUAAAAAGGAAGUUCAUUUAUGCCUUCCACAACCUCUACAAGCAGAUCCUACCGUCGUGCCGCUAAAUCUAACCCCUAACGACACGGAAGUCCUCCUUAACGUUCGCAAUCUGUUUGCUUUUCUUACAGACAAACCGCUUGUAGCUACUACGAAACACCCAUCAAUGUUUGCUGUCUUCAUGCAAAUAGCCGAUCUUCUGCAGCGUUACGAAUUUACGAACUUUGAUGGCUCGACGAUUGGCGAGGAGGCAGAAAGCGCCUUUGCUCGUUGCAUUGCCAAUUAUCGACUCGCGGACAUUAGGGCAAGCCGGGAAAAAACAUUGGAAGCUAUAUUGCUGGGUGAACGUAUGAAAUGCUGGGACUUGUAUAACGAGGGUUUCGUACAUGCUGUGGGCAAGUACGAUGAGAUCUCCGCGUUCAAUUCGCCAAAAACGCAACAGAUCAAUACCCUCACCCGAAAACGGAUGGAGAGGUCGCACCUUUUCCUGUCUACCCGAUUACGGAACGUCCGAGAGCGACUUGAAGAUUUUGAUUUUCCAUCUCUGUUCGCUGGUUUUGCAAACUCGACUUCCAGCACGGAAAGUAAAAUAAUUCAUUUCAAAACUUGGAAGAAUGGCUUCUUGUCAAUGCGUAGACAUGUAAUGGGCUUUUACAAACAGCGUUAUGGCGCUUGGCCACCAAAGGCAAGAUCCAAAAAGAACAACUUCGAAGAAAGCGGCCUCAACCGAGUGCUUUUGAAGGAGGUUUACCAAGAUCUUUGUGACCUAUAUGACGUUCUUGCGGAUCGCUCUAACUUCACAACACGCGCUGUUGAGCUUGCGUCAGAGGGCGAGUUGGCUGAGGCUACCGAAUCUUCAGCUCGCGCUCUGAGAAGGCUCUUGGGCGAGUACGAUCGCAGUACCCCGCCUGUUCAGCCUCCAAUCCCGUUUGAUACUCCCCUGUUGCCUUCUUUAUCUAGUACGCGCCGUGGAUUUGAAGCUCUCGACCCGAAAAAACAAAAGAAAGAAUCACUCAAGAAACUUGACAGCAGCGAGAUAAACACGGCUCUCAUGCAGUCUUACAAUCGCGAGCUUAUGAAGUCUACCCCCUUUCUAGAGGCAUUCUUUGCUUACGAGAGACGCUCAGCACAAAGUAAAUCCAUGGAGGAGAUCGCGGAUCUUCGAAACGGCCAAUGGCUGCUCGUAUAUGCAGUCAUUCAGGCAUUGCCUUUGUUGGUAGUUGAUGCGCCAGGAUUGAGAUAUACUGAUGGGGUGGAAUAUUUUCUCAGCGAGUUCUCGAAGGAGUCGCCCCCAUGGAUGGCGCAGGAUCACCGGCGGAAGACGACAUGGCGUAUUGCAGGUAGCGAUGCCAUGGUUGAUAUGCCAGCAGCAUCAGUGGAGUAUAGUCUUGACGCCAUCUAUCAACGGAGUCAUUGCUGGAAGAUGGCAGAGCAAUGGGCUGGUCCAGCAGCGCAAUUCUCGCAGUUCCAAAUACCCGAUGAUGAGCUCCUACCGCCGACCCUACCAUCAGCUUCGCACUCUAGGAACAACUCACAAUCUUCCGAUCUACGGCGGUUAUCGAUGGGGCUGGGCCUAGAGCAACUGCCACUUCCAUCUGGAGUGAGCGUCUCUCCAAGCGGCAGCCGACCUGUGUCGUUGUAUGACCCGUCCAAGAGUUUCAACUCCAUCCUUGGCCUCUCGGACGCAAAGAACACCAAGAAAGCAUGA